AUGGCCUCUCCGUCGAUGCGACGGCCGGCUGGGAGCACGCGGAUCAGCCAGCAUGGGGCGUCGACCAGCGCGGCCGCCCCGGGCGCAUCGCUCGCGCGGAUCCUCUGGAGACGACGCGUUCCGCUGCUGAUUACCCACGCGUCAUUGGGCGGGUUUCCAGGCGAGUGUUCAGACGGCUCUCCGUCUUCGUCUUCCGCCCCGGCUCCGGCUCCUCUCGUCUUUGCCGCGUCGGUCCCUCGCUUCGGCUACCUCGCCCAGCUGCUGCCGCGGCUGUCGGCCUUUUUCGGCCGACCCUGCUCCAGCUUCCAGUACGAGAACGUGCCGCUGCGCAACCUGCCGCUCGGCCUGCUGAUGGACCUCUACCUGCCACCGUCGACGACAGAUGAGUCGGUCGCCGAGGCCGGGGCCGAGGCCGAGCCGGCGACAGGCAGAGGCGGCCGGCGGCGGCUGCCCUGGCGGCUGGUCGUCGCCGACGGCGAGGCCUGGCACCUCGGCGACACCUUUCUCAACGGGGCCAAGGAGGCUGACUACGUGCGGUACGGCAGCGCGAAGCAGAUCAUGAGCCUGAGCAAGGCCAACACAGAGGCUCUCUGGGAGGCUAUCCAGGACAAUGACUAUGCCACCUUCUCCCGCGUCAACAACCUGCUGCUCAACGCAGCCGCCCCCCUAAAACACAUCCCCCUACGCAUCUUCAUCCCCUCAACCGCACCACCAAAGCGGUCGGUCCUGUCGACACAAUCAGCCGCCGCUGAGACACCUCCCUACAUCCCCGGAUCCUACAAAAUCAUGCAGCCCCUGGUGGCGCCUCGCCUUGGCAACCGACAACCCCAAACGCUCGGCGCUGCCCUACGCAAUCUCCUCCCGCUGCUCUUUCCCAGCAGCCGUGAUCCCGUUCUGGCCAACGUGGUCUUGCACGGCGCUUCCGUGCCGUUCCACACUCCUCUCGAAGAGCUGAUGCGCGAGGCUGCCUAUCCCGACGGCUGGCUGGCCCUCGUCGUCGUGCUCUUGUAG